CCUUACUCUUCUCAUAAAAUAAAAAAACCACCAAACUUUACAAUGGCAAAAAUCACAAAAAUCCUCUCUUUAAUCCUUCUUUUCUUUAUCUUCACCAUAUUUUCAUCAACCCCAUCAAAUGCACUAGGUGGAAAAACACAAAUAAAAGAUGUGAAAACAAAUAAGGAAAUUCAAGAUUUGGGAAAAUACUGUGUUGAAGAGCACAACAGAAGUUUGCAGAAAAAGAAUAAUAAUGGAUUGUUGAGUUUCUCUCAAGUUGUUGAAGCGGAAAAACAAGUUGUAUCUGGUAUUAAAUAUUACCUUAAAAUAUCAGCAACUACUUCAUCUGGUGCUCCUAAAAUGUUUGAUGCUGUUUUGGUUGUUAAAGCUUGGGAAAAGAAGAAACAAUUGCUCAAUUUUUCACCUUCACCUUCUCCUGCUACUAAGUGAUAGUUAGUGUGGCUAAAAGUUAAAUCUGCUACUAAGUGAUAGUGGUUAGAAGUUAAAACUACUACUAAUAAGUAAUAGUGGUUAGAAGUUAAAACCACUGGUGCUAAUGCUUAAUCUAAUUUUGAGUCUUUUUGUCUUGGGGGAUCCUUUAUUUCAUAGCCUUUUCUUGUAACUUAUAUUGGGUGACUUGUUGUAAUGUGAUGCAGUAAUCAACGUUGAUUAAUAUGUUAUAGAUUAGUUACAUGGUAGUA